AUACUUCAUCUAUUCCUGUCUUUCCUUCAUAUCUCUUCUACAGUCGAUCUCCUAGCUCUUGCAAUUCUUCCGCUGGUUUAUGUCCAUAUAUCCAGCAUAAUGUUAGAAGCGCAAUCGGAACGUUGCUCACUUUCCGUCUUCUUACAUCAAGGAUAACUCAGUGCACGAUUAGCUGCAUAUUAGACUGCUGAAAGCUGCCAUUGUGUUGGGCUCUCUUGCAUUCAGUAUUCUACCACCAUCAAGAUGUUUGCUACACCCCUGAUAGCUACCAGGAACGUACUCAGCUCUUCAGAGUUGUACUCCAGCCACAGACGCUCUUCGAGCAGUACUUCGAGUCAACUCUCGCGCACGUCUUCCAAUGCUUCAACUGCUUCAACUUCUGUAUCAACUUUUUCGACUGCCAGCACGCAAAAACGACAACGACAUUUCAGGACUUUCUCUUCAAAAAGUGCAGAAUCUCAAAGUACGUCGUUGGCAUUUGAGGCACACCCGCCAUAUGAGAAUCAGCCAUCAGCCACGCCAACCUACCCCGAUAGAUCCUGUACAGAUUUGUUGGUCCGUUGCAAGAGCGAAUUAUACAAUGUUAACCGCGCGGUUGUGUGCGGCCAUUCACAGUGGUUUACAAACGUAUGCGCUAGAGUGGCCACGACUGCAUCCAAAUGUGUAAUCGAUCUCAGUGCCGAUAACUCGGAUGCUGUUGCUGCAAUGAUGCAAUAUUGUUACCGACUCGAUUACGUGGACGGGCUUUCUUCUCCAAAGUCGGAUGCUCAUAGCUGCGCUUUGCAGUUACACGUCGAUGUGUACAUGCUAGCGCAGCGGUACAUUAUUCCGGGCAUGAUGAAACUUGCGUUGCGAAAGUUUGAGGCUCUUGCUACUACGACGCUGACCACGGAUAGCGAUGGAGAAGAUCUUUCCAAAGUGAUCUGCGGGAUGUAUGCGAAAACAUCAAGAGUAAGAGAUGACCAGCUCCGGCCUGUAAUUAUCAAACUGUGCGCAGAACAUAUUGAGAAGUUCGCAUGUGGGAACAGGCGGACAGCGGCAAGACUGUUUACCCUGAUGGGUGAGCUGCCGGAGUUCAGAUCAGAUAUUUUCGAGAAAGUAGCAGAGAGGUGGAAAUGA